AUGAACGAGCUUCUGGCGCUUCUCAUCGACCUGCCCCCCGAGGCUCGUCUGCGGAGGGUCGGGUAUCCCACUGAAGCCGACCUCACCGACGCCUCUGCCUACCCAUCAUGCCUUGUCCCCGAAGCUAUCACGCACGAGUUUGUCACCGAAGCCCAUUUCGCAUUGCUCUUCAAGAUUUGCAACCUCAAGUGUGAUGAGAACCCGAUCUGUAUCUUUUCGCCUGUUCGUGGCCUUCGCGCUCAGACUCACGAUCAGAUCUGGGGCCAUACCUUCAGUAUUGAGCUUUGCCGCCUCAUGACUCACCCAGUCUUCGAAAUGGAGGGUACCAACAACCUUACUCUGAUCCUCCAGUAUGCCGUCAUCUGCCGUACUGAUGACCGACGCCCUUGGAAGAUGCCCCCGAUCCCUGAUGGCGUCGAACCACUCAAGCAACUCCGCGGCGUCAUGCAGUCCUGCACAGGACCUUUGUCCACUCCUAUCUCCGAAAUCUUCGCAAGUCACUGCACCAACGAAGCCCCUCCACGCUGCGUCAAGGCUCAUGACUUGAGCCCCAACGACCCCCUCUAUCAGGAACAGCGGGGCGGACUCACGGACUACCUUCUCGACCCGAGACAUCUGAUCUUUGUGAUGCUACAGCUUGCCAAGGUCGUCCAAGACUCCCCGACGGAAGUUCCUUACACUACGAAAGAGCGCGGCUUCGAUGUCUACAGUGUGACCACGCUUGAUCUCCAGAACAUCCGCAAGGCCAUUGACGCUAUGGAACUUCACUGUGGUGAGGGUAGCGAGGGGAGUUCGUUUGAACUUCCUGUAGAUCUCCUCUUCUCCCGCUAUGUGGCCAAAGGUCAACUUGAGGACGUUGCUCCUCAUGACGCGGAUGGACUGUCAGAUCUGAUCGUGGCAGGAUCUAUGAAGAGAGAGCGGGAGAUCUUCGACACUACUCUCGGUCGCCAUCGGCAGUGA